AUGAACAUGCUAGAGAUGAGACUCAUAUCGGGAGGCCGUAGCCAUGACUACCAUAGGCGGUGCGGGCGAUGGGCACGUGUUUGUCACGUGACACUCGCCAAUAGGUUAGGGCAACACCAGUGCCGCCGACACCUGUCCUCUGGCCGCGAAUCCGAGGCCACGGCUGAACUCAACCGGUAUUUGUCCGCAGAUUUUGGCGGUAAAUAUCCGCUGAAGAGUUGCGAACAGUUUUGGUCCGACUUUUGGCGAAGAAAUGAUCGCGUUUUUGGCCAACACAGAGAUACCGGCGCCGCCACCGCCGCCGAUGGCCACUCAGGCCGACCCCCGUUCACGCUAUUACUGCCGCCGCCAAACAUCACCGGAAAUCUUCAUUUAGGCCACGCGAUGACACUCGCCAUCGAAGAUACCAUUUGCCGCUAUCAUCGUAUGCGUGGCCACCCGUGCCGGUGGACCCCCGGUCUGGAUCACGCGGGUAUUGCCACUCAGAUGGUGGUUGAGAAGUAUAUCAACAAAAGCUGUGGCAAAACCCGACACGAGAUGAGCGCCGAAGAGUUUUUGGCGCACAUAAGGCAGUGGAAGGCCGAGAGGGAGCGCGAUAUCAACGAACAGAUCCAGAGGUUGGGCGUGAGUCUGGACUUUGAGCGACAAUACUAUACGCUGUCGGAGGAGAUGUCGCCGGCGGUCACCGAAGCGUUCAUUAGACUCUUUAAUUCUGGUCACAUAUACCGGCACUCAAUGGCCGUCAACUGGUCUUUCUAUUUGCCGUCAACGCUGUCCGACAUUGAGGUCGAGCACAAGCGGAUAACGGGUCCCACGCGGCUAUCGGUGCCCGGUUUCGACGGCCAAGUGUUGGUCGGUGUUAUGCAUCGUUUCAAUUAUCCCAUUGCGGACACCGACGGCAGCGGAGGCGGUGAAGUGAUACCAAUAGCCACCACUCGGUUGGAGACAAUACUGGGCGAU